AUGUUGGUCUCUGGUCGAGUCAUCCUUGGUAGUCUGGCGGCCGCAGUCCACGCACAAUGGCACCAUGGGUCCAGCAUCGACUUCCAUUCAAUUCUCGACUCCAAUCCUCUCACGCUCGUAGCGUUUGUCGCGCCAUGGACAGCUCCAAGCAAAUCCCUUGCUUCGGAAUGGGCGACCGCGAAGUUCCAACUCACUUACCCGCUCGUGAGCAUAGACUGGACUGCGGAACCAUCCCUGUGCACUGCGCACAAGGUGCAUUCCUAUCCUGCUAUACGCCUCUUCCAUGUUCCCGAUGAAUCGACGCGAUACGGGGGGCCGCGCAAAGCAUCUGCCAUCGUUUCCUUCGUUGUGCGCGCCUCGCUUCCAGCAGUCUCGGAGGUGAAUGUCAAAAACAUUACGGACUUGGUUGGGAUAGAUCGCGUGACGGUCGUGGCGCAUCUGAAGAUAGAUGAGGGUUCUAUGAGGUCAAAGUUCACAAGGGUUGCAGAGGCAUUCCGUAACCAGUUCGUCUUUGGAAUUGCGGACGACAAGAGACUGGCGCAGAAAGAGAAGAUAGAGUUUCCCUCUAUCAUUGCUUAUAAGACGGAUGUUGGCGAUCAAGAGGUUCUGCAUGGCGCCGUAAAACGCUCCGUCAUUGAGAGCUUCGUCCUUGAGGCUGGCAAACCCCUCAUAGAUGAGCUGACUCGACGAAACGAACUCAACUAUAUGAGCUCCCAUGAACUCAUCGCGUAUAUCUUCGUCACCGACGCAGCCGACCGCGCCUCACUCCGUCGAAAGUUUCACCCCGUCGCAAAGCAGUACAAGGACUGCGUCAACUUUGUCACCAUCGACGGCAUUGAAUAUGGUCACAUUUCCCCAAGCCUUGGACUGCAUAGGGGCCACUACCCCGGGUUUACCGUGUACAGCGCUUGGAAGGAUCAGGUGUUUCCGUAUCCGGCGGUCAAAGGAAUCGGGGCGGACAACAUAGAAGAAUUUCUGUUGGAGAUCUUGCAUGGGAAGAGAGCGCCAUGGAACCCGGCUGGUGCGGGACAUGGACAGCAUGACGAGUUGUAG